GCCUACACCUUCCUGUGUGAGCAGAGGCCAGGCUCAUUUUGACACCGAGUAUCUCUCUCUCUGCUUGGCUUCUACAAACUAUGUGGCUCUUUCUAGUGGCACUGGUGGGCCUUUGGACUCUCCUGUGCUUCUUCAGGGAGAGGCAGGUGGUGAGCUAUCUCCAAGACAAGUAUGUCUUCAUCACGGGCUGUGACUCUGGCUUUGGGAACCUGCUGGCCAGACAGCUGGACAGGAGAGGCAUGAGAGUGUUGGCUGCAUGUCUGACGGAGAAGGGAGCCGAGGAGCUGAGGAACAAGACAUCUGACAGGCUGGAGACAGUGAUCCUGGAUGUCACCAAGACAGAGAGUAUUGUGACAGCCACUCAGUGGGUGAAGGAGCGUGUUGGGAACAGAGGACUCUGGGGCCUGGUCAACAACGCUGGCAUCUCCAUCCCCUCGGGUCCCAACGAGUGGAUGAAGAAACAGGACUUUGCACAUGUACUGGAUGUGAACCUGUUGGGCUUGAUCGAGGUGACUCUGAGCAUGCUGCCCUUAGUGAGGAAGGCAAGGGGUCGUGUGAUCAACGUCGCCAGUGUCUUGGGCCGAGUAUCUUUGUGUGGUGGUGCUUACUGCAUCUCUAAGUAUGGUGUAGAGGCCUUCUCAGACUCCCUCAGGAGGGAGCUCUCCUACUUUGGGGUGAAGGUGGCUAUUAUAGAGCCUGGCUUCUUCCUGACCGGUGUGACCAGUAGUGCCAGAUUAUGCUCAAAUACCCAGAUGCUGUGGGACCAGACCAGCUCAGAAAUCAGGGAGAUCUAUGGCGAGAAGUACCUGGCAUCCUAUCUGAAAAGGCUAAACGAAUUGGACAAGAGGUGCAACAAGGACCUGUCUUUGGUGACUGACUGCAUGGAGCAUGCUCUGACUGCCUGUCACCCUCGUACCCGAUACUCAGCUGGCUGGGAUGCUAAGCUCUUCUACCUCCCCUUGAGCUACCUGCCUACCUUUCUUGUGGAUGCCCUUCUCUAUUGGACUUCCCUGAAGCCUGAGAAAGCCCUCUGACGUGUUCACCUAUGUGCAUACCUGGGGAGAUGUAGGUAGAGUUUGAGAGAGAGAAUAUUUAGGGGAAAUUUGGAGGGUUGAGGGAGGGAGUUUAUUACUCUGGGGUUCUAGUCAACACACUUCAUCUCAUUAAUUCUCCUAUGACACUACUGAAGACUGAUGAUGACCAAAGAAAUAGGCAAAGAAUUCUGCCAAGGGAUUCAGUUACAAGAGAUCUGGCUGUUGCCCAGACUAUGAACAUCAUGGCUACCAUGAAGGUUGACACAGAUGAAGAGGCUGGGACCAGCUUGUGCCAAGCACUCUUCUGUGUCCUCCUCUGCAGGAAAUGCACAUGCCCUGGCUAGUUUAAAGCCCUAUGCAGCAUGGAAGUGUCCCUGCUCUGCAGUCACCUCUGUCCAUGGUAUAAAGUCUGAGGGAGUCACUAAUAAUGCCAGCACCCAUUCCCUGGAGUCAGCUUGCCAGCCUCUGCGUGGAAGGUUCAGUUCCUGGUGGUGAAAGCUAGCAAAGGAUGGAGACACCAAUUUUUCAUUUAUAUUGAAAUCAUGGGUUUCUUUCUCUUCUUCUUUUUUUUUUUGUCACUUCUUAUUUUUAAAGGUAAUAUGAGGUGAUCUCUGUUGCUCUGCGUUUUGAAGUAUGGCUUUACCCUUUAGUGAAAUUUGGAACACAGAGGUAAAGGGAAUGUCCUGAGAAGGAUUGGCACAGGCCAGCAGUUACUUUCUUUGACUGUCUCAUCCCUUCCUGCCAGUGAGUGGGAACAACUGCUCUCCAUUUAAAACUUAAUAAUAACACAUAAGGCAGAAGCCUGUGCAUGCAAGUCCAUGGACAGAAUUUACCUGUAGGCCUCAGCUUCACAAGUUCCUUUUCUGUAGAAUCACUAAGUGACCAUCCCUCCCUGAAAACUAACUAUGUCACCAUAUACAGAGUAUCCUUCUCAACACUAAUUUUUCAUAUUUUGGGAAUUUUUCAAAAGAGCAAGGGUCUUGAACUUCCCAUGGCCUCUGAGAUCUGGCUCUGCCUGCUGCUAGGUUGGUGAGUCUUAAGAGUAGGCUGAGCAGGGAAAUCAUGUGUGGAAGAGACAGAGAAUCCUGGGCUCAAUACAGAUGUGCCCUGGGGAGGGGUUCCCAUAGAUGCCUGACUCCUCUUCUCUCAGUAGAAAUGUGGGGGAAGAGGGGACGCAGGAGAAACUUGUAAAUAAACAAUGAUUUCUGGGUUAAUGAAAAUAGAAAUUCCUCUACCCUAUCAGUUGCAUGGUCAUUCAUUUUACCUAUGUUAUUUUGAGAGUUUGUUUUAGGACCAUUGAGCAUAUUUGUGUGUACCUGUAUGGUACAUGUGUGGGAGAGCCUUCAGAGAUGGGAAGGUGUGGAGAGCCGUGCCGCGAGCAAUCGCGUGUGUGCCGUGAGCAAUCGCCAUUAUAAGAUGGUGCUGGCUUCCAUUGUGCCUAACUAGUAAACAAGUCUUAUGCGCAAGUGCAAGAGUGAACUCACGCCUAGUCACUGCCCAUCUCGUAGCAUAGUAAUGGGGUGAUGGGCGAGCAACGAAUCAGGAGCUGUCACGCCACAUCAGGUGCUGAAACGUCAUGCUGCAGGGUAUAUAAGCAGCACCAUUUUCCCGGUUCGGGGUCUUCCCUCCUGAUAAGUAAGCAAUAAAAGCUUUGCCACAGAAGA